GGCAGUGGUCGAGUGUUUUAUGUCCUUCCAGUCCUUUGCACAGCGAUUUGUCCCUUCCCAUCCGACACUCGAUCAGCCACGCGGCGGUCGGUUGCUUGCCAUCGACGUGCCCUUUGCCGAGACCAGCUUCUAGUCAGUCCCCCGCCGACGUUUCACCCCCUCCCUCCAUCUGGGUUUCGUCCUUGUCCAUGUAUCCACCAACAAAUCAGUUCCGUCCGCUUCAUUAUGCAACCAAUGCCGUCGAACUCACGGACGCCCUCGCAUUCCGUUCCGCCCCGAGUUCGUCCGCAAACGUCGUCUAUCAGUCACCGCACACCACAGAUACUCUCUCCAACAAACGAAAAAUAGAGCGUGCCUGUGAUGCAUGUCGCCGUAGGAAGAUUAAGUGUGACGGUCCAAGGACGCCAAAUAAUUUUUGUACAAAUUGUGUGCAGACUCGCAAGUUUUGUUCCUACGUCGAGGCUUCUAAGCCACGCGGUCCACCGAAGGCGUACGUGACUAGCAUGGAAGACAGGUUGGAGAAGAUGGAGGCUCUUUUAAAGCGACUUCGUCCAGAAGAGGAUUUUUCCGAAGAGCUUGGCCCUCCGAUCAUUCGAGACUCGUGGAAGAGUGACCAAGACCCUGGACGCCCACCAUCACCCCAUCGAAAGUCUUCCUCGCCUUCCGCAUAUCCCUCGAACGUCAGAUCUUCCCCGUCUGGGUCUCUUCCACAGAUCUCCAACACCCUCGCCCCUUCAUCAUCACGCGCUAGCAUCCGUAGCCGAAAUUCAGGGGGAACCCCACGUACAGACACAGAUUUGUCUUCAGAACUAGAUACAUCAUCAGAAACUGAAGAAGUCGGCGAGCUCAGUCUAUCACGCGGCAUGAAGCGGCUCACCAUUCGUGGACUCGAGCCCGCGCAAGAGAAGCCAUUCCUGGCAGAUAGUCAGGUCCGCUUCCACGGAAAAAGCAGCUGGUUCAAGCUCAUUGAGCAGACACGCAAACUUAGGGAUGAACACGUGUAUCGUGUAACCGGUGGAGCUGAGAGCGCCGCUAUACACCAGAGGAACAGUAGCCCAGUCAACGCGGCUGCAACUCGCCGACAAGAGUUCUGGACGACACCUUCUUGGGAGCUUAAGUAUGAAGAAGCUCGUCUACAAGGUUUAUGCGACUUCCUAGCCCAGCAAUUUCCGCCACCGGAUCUUGCGGACAAUCUCAUCAACCUUUUUUUCGACCACGUUAACCCUCAGUUUCCUCUGUUUCAUCAACCCACAUUCGAGCGACAAUGGAAAACAGGUUUACAGGUCAAAGACCCGUGGUUUGGGUGUCUUUGCUUUACUUUGUUUGCUGUCGCGAGUCGGUGGUGUGAUGAUCCCCGAGUUUUGGACAAUCAUGAAUAUGACAUACCGGAGGAAGAGCGGACAGACGAUAACCACAAAUGGCAACGUGCGGGCUGGAAAUAUUUCCAUGUAGCCCUUGAUGGGCAUCGCGAAUCCCGCAGUCUCUUCCAUCCUCCUGGCUUGUUUGAAGUGCAGACGAUGUCGUUAAUGGGCAUGUUCAUUCGCGGCACCGCGUUUUACCCGGUAGCGUGGCUAUUCAUUAGUGUCGGUAUCCGGAAAGCUCAGGACGUGGGUGCACAUCGAAAGAAGGUGUACGGGGACAAGCCCAGCGUCGAGCAAGAAUUAUGGAAGAGAGCCUUUUGGAUGCUGGUUUUGUAUGAUCGGAUAGGUAGCGCGUCGCUCGGUCGUCCCUGUUGUUCUGGAGAAGAAGAUUUCGAUGUAGAUCUACCCUUGGAAGUAGACGAUGAAUACUGGGAGACAGAGGAUCCGGCGCAUGCCUUCCAACAGCCACCAGGGAAACCAGCAAAGAUUGCUGCAUUUAAUUCGUAUCUCAAGCUGACCAGAAUCGCAGCAUAUGCCUUGAGGAAUCUUUAUGCACUGGACAGGUCGAAACUCCUCGUCAGCGCGACACGCCCUCGGUUACAGGACGUAUUAACAGAACUCAACAAAGCCCUGCUUGAGUGGGUGGACUCUGUUCCUGCGCAUUUGCGCUGGUCACCGUCAAUGACAGACCCACUCUUCGCCAAUCAAGCAGCGACCCUGUAUAUCACCUACUAUCUUGUCCAGGUUAUUAUCUACAGACCCUUUCUUCCGCCUUCUCUGCGGUCAGUCUCCCACCUUGUACCGCGCUCGAAGAUGCCUAUCCCCUGCAUCGCGCUCUGCGUCAACGCUGCUCGGUGUUGUUCUCAUAUCCUGCAAACCCAGAUGAACCGCGGCAUAUCCAAUAUCUAUAGCGUAAUCUGCUCUGCACACAUGUGCGCAGCCAUCCUGCUGAUGAACUAUUGGGACCUCAAAUGGCAGGAACGUAACCUGGUCAAGGCUAGUGCUGGGGAAGACAUCAAAUCACCUCUGGCUACGCAGAUGGCAGAAGUGCUUCGGCAUGUCAGUGUCUUUAUACGAGCAUUAGAGCUCGUGAAACCACGUUGGAGGAAUGCAGAAAUGUAUCUUAACGACUUGAGUACAUCGCUGCCUAGUUCGCUUGGCGGGACCAACACUGGAAGUUGUAAAGAUAGUCUGACAUCUUCUCAGCAAUCCACGCAGUUUGGCGAGCAAGCAUUGCACCAACCUGCUCUAUCAAGUUUUACACCUCUCCCAGAGUAUCAUAACUCGUCGGAAUAUCUCGCCACGAUCACGUCCGUCACAAGCGACCCCUAUUAUUCACAGAUUAAAUCUGCCGAACCAACCCACUUCUUUGAUGUUCCACACGUCACACAAUAUCCACUUCCGACGAACCUCUACUUUCUUGACAACCAGUCUCUUGAAGAAAACGAACUAUCUUGGGGGAUGCAGAACCCUGUUCAAUCUCAGCGAUUGCCUCAAAUUUCUAAUCAGCCACAACCCAUUGUGUACAGGCAGAUACCUCAACGGGGCUGCGAUGACUUCCAGGGUCUGAAUGUUGGACCAUCCAACUCAGCUCACCUGAGCGUCAUAUCACAACACAAGGCCACUAGUUCAGGUGGGCAUAGUGCCUACGCCGCUCCUGAGCCAUCCUCAUUUGUGUUGGCGCCGGCAACGUCUGGAGACGCUCCCUAUCUCCCCCCAUCGUACGUCUCUACGUGUAAUGUUUCUUCACUUGCACCUUCUCAGCAUUUGGAUCUUAUGUAGGCGCGGUAUCGCUAACCAGUGGAUGCACAACCCUCCUCGCGGAUACACC